AUCACUUUGUCAAAGCUGAUGCAAACCCCCAGCAGGAAGCACAAAGGGAGAGCCCGGGCUCUGGGGGAGUUUGGGUGAACUGUUUGCAAAACUCUGCCGAGCCCACCCCUCCGAGACCUUUAUUUCCCCCUGCGGCAGCUGUCAUCUGAUCCCACGCUUUGGCUCUGAAUGGGGCUCUCGGAGGAUGCCAGAUGUUGGGAACAAAGGUCUAAAAAUAAUCUUUCCGAGUAAUCUUCCCGUCCAUCACUCGAGGAGAGCGUGAGCUUUGUGCGAACAUGUGAGCCGAGAACCUGAUCUAACUUAAAGAAGUUCAACAGCAGCUCCCGGCUUCUGCCUGUGGCCUCUUUUUUUUAUUUUUUUUUUCUUUCUUUUUUAUUUUUUUUUUUUUUCCCUUCCCAGAAGCUGCGCAGGGAAAAGCGGCUCUGGGAGCGCUCAGCCCUCCCUCCCUCCCUCCUUGCCAAACCUCGGAACCGCCCGGAUCCCCGGAGCCGGGCUCUUUAUCCCACCUCUCCCUGGAAAAAUCAAAUUAAAAAGCGGGUUCCGGGCUGCUGCCAGAGAUGCUUUUCUGUAGAAAGGUCUUGGCUGCAGCCCUGUGCGCGCUGGUGGUGCUGCCGGAGCCGGGCUGUGCCAGGACCCUCUGGAAACGCGCUCUGCUCAAAAUGACCGAGAAAUACGAUGAUUACGAGUACCCCCUCCUCGCCCAGGGCGGGCAGCACAAGAGCGAGCGGUGCCCGCCGCCGCCGCAGAGCCUGCCCGAGCGCGCCUGCGAGGUGCCGAGCUGCCGCUCCGACAGCGAGUGCCAGCGCCACAAGCGCUGCUGCUACAACGGCUGCAAGUAUUCCUGCCUGGAGGCCGUGCAGCCCCCGCCAGUCCUGGACUGGCUGGUUCAGCCCAAACCCCGCUGGCUGGGAGGCAAUGGGUGGCUUUUGGACGGCCCAGAGGAAGUCUUACAAGCUUGUCUUGCAGCCGAGGCGUGCAGCACCACGGAGGACGGGGACGAGCCCCUGCACUGCCCCACGGGCUACGAGUGCCACAUCAUCAACCCUGGGAACACGGCUGAGGGCGUCCCCAACCGGGGCCAGUGCAUCAAACAGAGGGGCAACACAGAUGGACACAACCUGAGGCAUAAAUAUUACAAGGAAUAUUUUGGGAGCAAUUCCAACAAUUUGGUCGGCUAUGUGAAAAACCAGCAGAAGCAUUUAGGCUGAUUGAAGGUGUGCCUGGCUGGACCACUCUGUCAAGGAAUGCUUUACCCAGCAGCUUUCUGGCCCCAGAUCUCCACAUCACAUCUCCAGCAUCCCCCUGAUCCCUGCCCAUCACUGACAAAAAAAAUCCCAUUACCCAAGGAGCAGGAUGAGUCCAGAUUUUAACCCCACCAGGAAGGGGAGAAAUGUGAUCCCCUGAAGGAAACCACACUGCUUAUCAGCUGCCUUUCUACAAAUGAAAUGCAAACACCUGCAAGGGAUCCCUGCAAGCCACAGUGCCAUGCUCAGGCUGCCUGCCCUUCAUGUGCUCGUUGUGUGACCAAUUCAGACUUCAGGCCUGUGAACACAACCCAUUCUGACGUCAGAAUUCCACCUAAAAUCAUAUCUAAGUUCUUUUAAAUUAGGUGAGACUAAAGAGGUUCUCUGGAUCAAAUCCAAUGCCUGCCUGUCUUGAGCAACUCCUUUAAAGAAGCCUUUUCAUCAGCUUAAAAUUCAAACAAACCUGCAAAUUCCUUCUUUUCCUAUUUAUAUCCAGAUAGAAACCAGGCUUGACACCCACUCUAAAUGGCAAAAGUCUUAAGAAUUUGAGGAGUUUUAAGCUAGGAGCAAAACCAGCUUUAUAAGUGAUUUUAGGUUACUUUCCUCUUCUCAGUCUGGAGAGCUGCAGAUUGAGAAUUAAUAAUGGAACAGAUUCCUUCCUGCAGUAUCCAGGCAGACACAGAUGCAUGCCAGGCUUUGUAAUGUGCCCUUAAUACUCACAAAAUCUGUGGUUUUGUACCUGCAGAACCUCAGUGAGAGGCCUGAAGUCUGGAUAACCUGAGAAAUGUGUUGGAAAAGCAAACCCAGGAUAAAUUUGUGUGAUGAGAAGGAUUGUCAGGCAGAGGGGCCACUGCUCCUCAGGAGUCCUGUACCUUUGUGUUGGCUUCCAUUAAUCCUUAAGGGCUGGAUAUUUGUACUUGGACCUCACAGCUUCUUUUAGCUGUUUAGCAUUAUACAAUGGAAAAUGCAUUUUUUUUAUUAAGGUUUUCCUUUCCUGUGGCAGUCCUGAAGGGGUAGUUGCAUUUAUUGUGACAAAUCAGAAUUGUUUGGCAGAAAAGCCACGUUUGCUCCAUGGUUUAGUCCACGUUCCCACCUGCAUGCAUGAAAUUAGCAUUUCAAUUUGCACAGUAGUAGCACUGCAUAUAAAUACCCAAUUCAUAAAGGCAAUGCCUGCUUCCACUCACAAAAUACAGAAUUUUUUUUUUCCACUCACUAAAUGGUUUAAGCCAAAUCCCAGACACCUGUAAAACUCUUGAUACUUUGCACAUGACAUUUGCAGCUGGAGAGAUGGAAAGUGCCAAACUGCUCUUCUGUUUCCUAUUUAAGCAGUCCUGGGUGCUUUACAGAGCAAAGGAACAGCUGAAGGGCUCCACAUUUUCCUAAAUAUCUUCACUUGUUGAACUCACUUUUUUUCCAAAGUGCAAAAUAUUAAAUGCAGCACUGUGUUUGGACAGAGCUAAUUCUGGAAUUUUAUCCUAUACAGCUUCCUGCAAUGAGAUCUUAAUUCCUGCUUGGACACAGGAGCCACAGAGCCAGAGAAUUGUGGAAUGGUUUGGGUUGGGAGGGAGUUUAAAGCUCAUCACCUUCCACUAGACCAGGUUAUCAAGGCUCCAAUCCAUAUUUUAUAGUUCCAAUCUGUGUUUGGACCAGAAUCUUGCCACUUAUCCUGCUGCAGCCUCAUCCUCAGUGCUGCUCAGUGAAAUGGAUUGAUUUUGUUCAGCAUUGCUUUCUGCAGAAAAAAAAAUCAAAUUCUGAUUAAAUGAGCAAAGCCCUCCAGUGAUCACUGCUAAGGCCCACAGAGUAAAUGCCAAAAUGUUCUAUUUUAACCUAAAAAAUUCCUAAAACCUUGUGAGGAGCCAGUUGAAAAACUGGUGUUGAGCCUUCACAAAUUUGAAAGAUUAAAACUUCAAAUCUCAACCUAAUCUCCCAAAGCAGCCCAAAAUCUAUUUAAUUUGAGUGGACACGUUCACUUCAGUGUUUGAUUUCUUUGUAGCUGCAGAAGCACAUACCUGACCACCUGGGUGGGACAGUACAGGUAUUUUCUCCUUGCAAAAGUAAUUUUUAAAAGAAGAAAAUGGACAAAUGAAUAAUCUGAUGACGAAUUUCUGUUUACUGGGUGUUUCACAGCCCUUCUUUGUGGUGCUAUAACGCUCAGGGGGUUUAUUCCAAGUAAAUUCAAGUUAUUAAUUGUCAAACUCAGAAACAAAAGCCACAGAAGGGACUUGUCAAAGUGCUGUGUUUCCAAAAGUGAAACACUGAAAUGUGAAAUGAAAGCACAGAGCAGGUGAGUUGUGCUCAGCUGCUCUUCUCUCCACAGCUGCUUUACCUGGUGCAGCACGGUAGGAAAUGCCUGGUGUGGGUUGUUUUUGACAUUUCCAUGCACACUUUGCAGAUGUUUGGUGCUAUGACAACCUUGCUGUGUGUCACUGAGUGCUCACAAUGCCUCCCCACCCCCAGGAUCUGUGCAGCCCCUCCCUGGUUUGUGCCCCUGGUGCUCACACACGUUCAGGUUCUGCUUUGGUGCUCAAUAAAAAGUGACCAGUCUAUUUUUCAA